GCCUCAACCUUCCAACCAAGUCAACCAAGUCAACCUAAUGGAUGUUAAGGAAGCCAUGGGGGGUUAUUGAUGGAGUAUCUGCUCCCCGCUUUCGGACCCUGAACACAUCCUGUUGGAUAGAGCUAGUGCAUGUUUAGUGGCUCUUGUUUGGUUCUGUUUGGUCAGCUCAUAGCACGACAACAGAGAAAAAAAUUGUUAACCCCUCAUCAACCAGCACCAACCAUGCAUUCGACCCUUAGGUAUCUUAGGUAUCUUAGGUAUAUUAAACCAGCAACGCUCCAGAUCUUCUUCUACUGGUCUCUCUACUCUGAGCUCACAUAAGAACCCCACCUUCACCGCUUACUUCUGCUUACGCCUUUACGAAUCCUUCCUCUUCCUCUUAUCAUCCUUUUCUUCCUUAAAUUCCUUUACCCCUCCUCCAGAGACCGCUGUCACAUAUCAAUUGAUCCAACCCUCUUUACAUAUAGAGAGUUGGAAGUAGCAGUCUGUCUUUCUCAAAGCUUAUCCCCCCCCAGAUACCUCGAACCACCUUCAAGAUGGUUCAAUCAGCAGUUCUGGGUUUCCCCCGUAUGGGUGUGAACCGUGACCUGAAGAAGGCAACUGAAGCUUACUGGGCUGGCAACCUCUCCCAAGCUGACCUCCUCGCCGAGGCCAAGCGUCUUCGUCUUGCCCACUGGAAGAUCCAGAAGGAUGCCGGUGUAGAUAUUAUCCCUAGCAAUGACUUUGCUCUCUACGACCAAGUCCUCUCUCACAUCCAAGACUUUGGUGCCGUUCCUGAGCGAUAUUCCAGCGCUAACCUCGACCGUGUCGAUGAGUACUUUGCCAUGGGCCGUGGUCACCAGAAGGGUGGUGUCGAUGUUCCCAGCUUAGAAAUGGUAAAAUGGUUUGACGCCAACUACCACUACGUCAAGCCUACCCUACAAGACAACCAGACCUUCAAGCUCACCGCCAACCCCAAGGCUGUUGUUGAGUUCCUCGAGGCUAAGGAGGCUGGUAUCAACACCCGCCCCGUACUGCUCGGUCCCGUGUCCUUCCUCCACCUAGGCAAGGCCGACCGUGGCCAGAGCGUCAACCCCAUUGACCUUCUUGACAAGCUUCUACCUGUUUAUGAAGAGCUUCUCGCUAAGCUGAAGGAAGCUGGUGCCGAGACUGUCCAGAUUGACGAGCCUGUCCUCGUCUUUGAUCUGCCUGCCAAGACUAAGGCCGCUUUCAAGCCUACCUACGAGAAGUUCGCUAGCUUGGCUGCCAAGAUCCCUAGCCUGGUCUUCACCACCUACUUUGGUGACAUCGUCCACAACAUUGACCUCCUCCCCAAGGAUGUCUACGCUGUCCACAUUGACCUUGUCCGCAACCCUGAGCAGCUUGAGACCGUCAUUAGUGCUCUUGGGCCUAAGACUACCCUCUCUGUCGGUCUUGUCGAUGGCCGAAACAUCUGGAAGACCAACCUGAAGCGUGCCAUUGAAAUUGCCGAGACUGCUAUCCAGAAGCUUGGCAAGGACCGCGUCAUCGUUGCCACUUCCAGCUCUCUCCUCCACACUCCCCACACACUCGCCAGCGAGAAGAAGCUGGACCCUGAAAUUGCUGACUGGUUCUCUUUCGCCUCUGAGAAAACCGUUGAGAUUGCCAUCAUUGCUAAGGCUGUUACCGAGGGACCCGCCUCUGUUCGAGAGGCUCUUGAGGCAAACGCCAAGUCUCUGAAUGCUCGUGCUACCUCGAAGCGAACAAAUAACCCUCAAGUCAAAGAGAGGCAAUCCAAGAUUACUGCCUCAGACUACAACCGAAAGUCUGAGUUCCCAUCCCGAAUUUCGCAGCAGCAGAAGAAGCUUAACCUCCCUCUCUUCCCCACUACAACCAUUGGUUCUUUCCCCCAGACCAAAGAAAUCAGAGUGCAACGAAACAAGUUCACCAAGGCAGAGAUCACGGAAGCUCAAUAUGACAAGUUCAUUGAGCAGGAAAUUGACUCCAACGUCAAGAUCCAAGACGAACUCGACCUAGAUGUCUACGUCCACGGUGAGCCCGAGCGAAACGACAUGGUUCAGUACUUCGGUGAGCGUUUGGACGGCUAUGCCUUCACCACGCACGCUUGGGUCCAGAGCUACGGUUCACGAUGUGUGAGACCUCCUAUCAUCGUCGGUGAUAUCUCUCGCCCGGCCCCCAUGACUGUCAAGGAGUCCAAGUAUGCCGUGUCUGUCUCCAAGAAGCCCAUGAAGGGCAUGUUGACUGGUCCUGUUACCUGCUUGAGAUGGUCUUUCCCUCGUGAUGACGUUCACCAGUCCGUCCAGGCUGAGCAGCUUGCUCUAGCCCUCCGUGACGAGGUUGUUGACCUCGAGAAGGCUGGCAUUGAUGUCAUCCAGGUUGACGAGCCCGCUCUUCGUGAGGGUCUACCUCUCCGGUCCGGCAAGGAGCGCCAGGAUUACCUUGACUGGGCUGUUAAGGCCUUCAAGCUCUCUACCGUCGGUGUCGAGGAUUCGACUCAGAUCCACUCGCACUUCUGCUACUCCGAGUUCCAAGACUUCUUCCACGCCAUCGCCGCUCUUGACGCCGACGUGCUGUCUAUUGAAAACAGCAAGUCCGACUCGAAGCUUUUGGGCGUUUUUGUCGACGAGGCUUACCCUCGUCACAUUGGUCCCGGUGUCUACGACAUCCACUCCCCGCGUGUUCCCAGCGAGGAGGAGAUCAAGGUCCGCAUCGAAGAGAUGCUUCAGUACCUUAAACCUGAGCAACUCUGGAUCAACCCUGACUGUGGUCUCAAGACCCGUCAGUGGAAGGAAACUAAGGAGGCGUUGGUCAACAUGGUCAACGCAGCCAAGUUCUUCCGCGCCAAGUAUGCCAAAUGAUUGUCUCCCAUAUGAGGAGGCCGGCGUUUUCAUUUUUACGAAAAUUGAUGAUAAUUGCAUGAAGAUGUGGGGAGUUGCCUGCUAAAAAUUUCCAUUGGGAACUGCAUAAUCGAUUUCAACAUCGGCGUUUUUACAGGACUGGGUUCUCAAAGGGGGAUCUAUACCAGAAAAGUUCUACAGGAAAGAUUGGCGGCAUUCGGAAGUAUUCAACACUAGGUAGGCAGGCAUAUAAAGGGCGGGAAAGAAUUAUACCACAUGGUCCAUCAACCGGGCCUGGGGAGUAGGUGGCGUUCUUGCAUUUAGUCUGCUUAGUGCAGGAAGAAUCGUUUUGGCGAUCAGAUGUAGAUGUAUGAGCAAGUAUCCCAAUUCAACUGGGUGAUGCUUGCGGAAGAAUCGAGUCUUCCUCAAACAGUAUUUCUCUAGUCCGAACUAUGCCGCAAGUGAAAGUGAACUUAUUCGGGUAUGCUAAUUGAACUUGUAAUCGGUGCUAAUAAAAAUUCGCCAUGUAGGACCGGAGGACCGAGGCGAGCGACAUGGGAAUUUCGAAUGUGGCGUUUUAUUAGUUACG